AUGGCCAGCAAGCAGGACUGCAAGGUGUUCGUGGGCGGCCUCAGCUGGGAGACCACGGACCAAAAGCUGCGCAUGUACUUCGAGAACUGGGGCAACGUGACCGAGGCCUUCGUGAGCUACGACCGCAACACGGGCCGCCCGCGGGGCUUCGGAUUCGUCGUGUUCGAAGACCCCGCCGUGGCGGACAAGGUGGUUGUGCAGCAGCACACCAUUGACCGGCGAGAGGUGGAGGCCAAGAAGGCCGUGCCCAAGGAGGAGCACCAGGCGAAGAAGAGCAGCGGCGAGGCGGGCAGCCAGCGGUCCAAGAAGGUGUUCGUGGGCGGGCUGGCGCCCAGUGUGGACGAGAAGGCCUUCCGCGAGUACUUCGAACAGUAUGGGCCCGUGAAGGACGCCGUGGUGAUGUAUGACCACGAGAACAAGCGCCCGCGCGGCUUCGGCUUCGUGACCUUCGUGGAUGAGGACGCCGUGGCCAAGGUGUUCGCCAACGGCGUCAUGCAGACCCUGCACGACAAGAAGAUCGAAAUAAAGCACGCCGUGCCGAGGGACCAGAUGGCCGCGCAGAGGGGCGGGGCGGGCGGCGCGUUCGGCGGCCGGGGAUUCACGGCCGCCAGGGCCGGCGCUGCGGGGCCCUACUACCACACGCCGCAAUAUGGGCUGGCCAACCCCGGCGGCUACGGCCCCAGGGGCAACUUCCCGAAGUACAGCGCCGGGCGGGGAUCCCUGCUUGGCGCGGUGAACGCGCCGGGCGCCGGGAUCGCCGGCGCCUACCGCGGCAUGGGCGCCUCCCGCGGCGGCGUCGCCGGCAUGGGCCUCAGCAUCGGCGGGGGCAUGGGCCGGGGCAUGGGCCAGCCCAUGGGCGGCACCAACAUGGGCGGCCUGAAUAACAUGCAGGCCAGCUUCGCCUCCUCCCUGCCCGCCUACGGCUCCGCGCUGGGCUACGGGGGCAUGAACAGCGGCGUGCUGAGCUUCCCGGGCAGCGGGAAUGGCAUCAACGCCGUGGGCACCGGCGGGGGCUUCCCCUCGGUGAACGGCUACGGCGCCGGCAGCCUGGGCGGCGGGGCUGUCGGCGGCAUGGCCGGGCCCGGCCCGCAGGAGAUGGCCGCCUCGGGGAUCAACAAGGCCUUCGGCGGGCUGUCGGCCCACGAGGGGGCCGGCCCCGGCGGCUACGCGCAGUUCUCACAGCCGGGGCUGCAGGGGCCGUCCAGCGCGGGGCUCGUUGUGAGCCACGAGACCGAGAUGGACGCCAGGACGCUGUCCCUGGGCAGCAACGCGGCUUCGGCCACCUCCGGGUACAAGAUGCUGGACGAGGGCCACGCCUUCACGGAGGGUCCCGCCCACGGGUGGUCCAAUUGA